UUCAUUCGCACUGCUGCGUCUGGCCUUUCUGCUGCAGCCGUGGGCUCCUCCGCCCUGGCCGCCCAGAGCCCCCUUCUCACCAUCUAAUGAUAAUCUGCUGUUGAAAAUUUGUGGCUAGACAUUCCUGUGGGACCAGGAAGCCAAAUUCUUGGCAGCUAGAAAAAAAUAUAUAUAACAGCAGCCAACCAAGUGGGUCUGAAGGCAAUCCCUGAAGGCCGGGUCCUCGCCUCCGCCAGCGCAGGGCAUGGCUUCCAACAGCAUCUUCGAUUCCUUCCCCACCUACGCACCGACCUUCAUACGUGACCCGAGCACCAGCCGCCGCUUCACUCCCCCCUCCACGGCCUUCCCCUGCGGCGGCGGCGGCGGCGGCAAGAUGGGCGACAACAGCGGCGCUCUGAGCGCGCAGGCGGCGGGCCCCGGCGGCCGCGCCCGGCCCGAGGUACGCUCGAUGGUGGACGUGCUGGCGGACCACGCGGGAGAGCUCGUGCGCACCGACAGCCCCAACUUCCUCUGCUCGGUGCUACCCUCGCAUUGGCGCUGCAACAAGACGCUACCGGUCGCCUUCAAGGUGGUGGCACUGGGGGAUGUGCCAGACGGAACCGUGGUGACCGUGAUGGCAGGCAAUGAUGAGAAUUACUCCGCUGAGCUGCGCAAUGCCUCUGCUGUCAUGAAGAACCAAGUGGCCAGAUUCAAUGACCUUCGCUUCGUGGGCCGCAGUGGGCGAGGAAAGAGUUUCACACUCACCAUCACCGUGUUCACCAACCCCACCCAAGUGGCCACCUACCACCGAGCCAUCAAGGUCACUGUAGACGGACCCCGGGAGCCCCGACGGCACCGGCAAAAGCCAGAAGACCAGACCAAGUUUCCCGACCGCUUUGGAGACCUGCGCAUGCGGGUGACACCAAGCACACCCAGCCCCCGAGCCUCAAUCAGCACCACGAGCCACUUCAGCAGUCAGGCCCAGACUCCAAUCCAAGGCUCCUCGGACCUGAACCCCUUCUCUGACCCCCGGCAGUUUGACCGUUCCUUCCCAGGGCUGGAGAGCCGCUUCCCAGACCCCAGGAUGCAUUACCCAGGUGCCAUGUCUGCCGCCUUCCCUUACAGUGCCACGCCAUCCGGCACCAGCCUGGGCAGCCUAAGCGUGGCAAGCAUGCCGGCCAGCAGCCGCUUCCAUCACACCUACCUCCCUCCACCCUACCCCGGAGCCCCGCAGAGCCAGAGCGGGCCCUUCCAGGCCAACCCUGCGCCCUACCACCUCUUCUAUGGCGCCUCCUCUGGCUCCUACCAGUUUUCCAUGGCAGCAGCGGGUGGUGAGCGCUCGCCCACACGCAUGCUGGCCUCCUGCCCUAGCGGUGCCUCGGUGGCUACCGGCAACCUCAUGAACCCCAGCCUGGGCCAGGCCGAUGGUGUGGAAGCUGACGGCAGCCACAGCAACUCGCCCACAGCCCUGAGCACGCCAGGCCGCAUGGACGAAGCCGUAUGGCGGCCCUACUGAAUGCCCUGGGGACUUCCUGCCACCUGCAAGACCCAGCCAUCCAGUCCCACACUCUGGGCAAGAAUGAACUUUGGCCUGGUCCUAGGGGCCAGAGUCGCUGAUGGCUCCAAGAGCUCUGUCCAGCCACACCAUUGUAUAGAGGGGUGGGAACCUCCCCAGCCCAGACCCUGGUCCUCUCUCCUCAAGCGCCUGCCACCUCCAACAUCCACCUCUGUUGUCUCCAGCCAUGCCCAGCUCUGUCUCCUGGGUCAGAGGCUACCCUGCUCAGAAGGGAGGAGGCCUUGGCAGGCAGGAUAAGCUCAGAACCCUGGACUUCCUGUCACACUGGCACCCUGGCCAGCCCUCCCCCUGUGUUCAUACCCAUGGAGUCAACUGGAAACCCCCACCCCCUGAGUUGGCUUCCCUUCACUGAACAGGCAGGCCCUCAGACACACCCACAUGCCAGUCCCCGAUUUGACUUUCCCACAGUUCCAGCCAAGAAGCCCCUAGCCUGUCCUAGCUGGUGACAGCAGGCGGCAAAGCAGACUCCUCCCAAGUUGGCAGGUCCUAAAGCAGAAAGAAAAGCCCCACACCUCCAAGUAUAUUCCAGCCUGAGAGGUCAGGAUGCUGGCCCUGUAAUCUGUCUCAGAGAACUCAGGGGCAGAUAGAUCCUAGCACAAAGUCUGGAGGUGGAGAGUGAUGGGGUGGCCCAUGAGGUCCAGCCAAGCUGGGAGAGAGCCCUAGCCUCUAAAACCCACAGCUUUCUCUGACCUGUUUGCAGCUGGAAGCAAACAGCCUUGAACCAAAACCAGUUUUAAAAACUGAUUUUAGAAAAAGCAGCUUCAUCGAACAUUUUAAAACAAAGUCUCUGACAGGUAGAAACCCUGCGGUUGUGAAAGCACCGCCUCCCCCACCUGCUGCCUCUGCUAGUGUUACAUCAUCAGGACCUGCCACCUCCAGACUGGCACAUUCCUCACACAAGGGACCAAGUGAGGUGCCUGGAACUCAGCGUGCACAUGUAGAUGUUUCCUGGGAGGCCGAGUGAGACUCUAGUGGGGUGUGUGAUACCAGAGCCGCGUCUGUGCAGAGGUCAGAUGUCACCCAGCGGGUGGGAGAGUGGGCCUUGCCCAAGGACUAGAGUCCUGAGAUCUUCUGCUCUGGGAGAUCUUCCAUGGAAAUAGAUGAGGACACUCUUGCAGGGCUGGCCCACGUGUGGUUUCUUCACACUGAAUGAGCCACAUCCUCUGUGGCCGUGGAACUCUUGCCUACAAUACUUCUUAGUGAUGGCCUCUGUCACAGCACUUGGCCUGCCCCAUGGCCCUCACCUAUAGCAGUCACAUACAUACUCUGGCAGGUCAGGAAAUCCUGGUGAUUCUGUGCACUUACCUUCCACUGUAAUUUUUUUGUCCCACCCUCAUUGGAAAAAAAAAAAUUUCCAUCUCUUGGAAGUAGCUGAGGGUAACCUGCCAGGUCCCUCACCCCUUCUCAGGAAGCAGUUGUAACCCAUUGCCCCUACCUGCUUUUCUUCCAUUCUGUGAUACAGACUGGCUCAAGUCAGAAAGGGAGGUACCUUCAGGUUCCCAGUGCCCCACACUGUGUAGGCCACCCCAGUUGACUGACUACCCUUCUCAAUACCCAAGCCCUGGUGGGGAUAGGAAAUUGUACCCCAUCAUCACCCCUCCAUCCCAUCCCUGGUAAAAGUGAUGGCUGAGUUUCUAUUAGGCCCCUGGUAAGUACAAGACAGCCCUGGACUGGUCUUUAAAAAAAAAUUGGGGGUGGUGUGUCCUGUUUUCAAGGCUGCUUUAAAGUGCUACCUGAGAGAGCGCUGUUUAGAAAGGAAGCUAAUGGGCUUGGAUACAAUGUUACUGUAAGGAUGUGGGUGGUGGGUACUGAUCCUUGGUGACAUAUUGUCAUAUGGCAUCCUUACCUGCUGUGCACAGAUCUUCCUGAGGCUGUCCGAGCUGGUGGGGAGGGGAGGAACUGCUUUGCACUAUCGUCCGCCUGGUGUGUUUGUUUUUCAUGCACAACUUGCUUGUAC